ACGAAUGCUGUCACUGCAAGCUUCAUUGUUCUGGUAAUUUUUUAUAUUUGUGUUUCGGAACCACACUGUUCUAAAUUCCACUAUGAACAGAAGCUCCUAGAAAAAAUGAUAAGACUUGAAAUUUCUGUGGAAGCUAUGAAAAGGGAAAUUGAAGAGUCUCGGAGCCAAGUAACGACAACUCUUGGUAAUCUGCAGACAGAAAGAAGCACAUGGGAGAAAACAUUACUGACCAUGAAAGACGCAAGCAAUACAGCUUUAAACACUGCCAUUCAAGAGACAAAAACACAAGUUCAAGAGGAACUGAAGGUACUAGCGGCUGAGAAAGAAAGAUGGAAUAAAGAACUAAAGGAGAGUGUGAAAAUACAAGAGGUCGUUUUAUUCUCUGCAAGACGUCCAAAACAUUAUUCACUGACAAGAGGACAAACAGUGAUUUUCACAGAGAUCAUCUUAAAUAAAGGCGACGCUUACAACAAAGAGAAUGGUGUAUUUACCGCUCCUUAUACUGGCAUUUAUACAUUUACUGUACAAUUCUGUGUGUAUGCUGGAAAGUAUUUUGAUUUUGCCUUCAUGGCCAAUGAAAACCUUUUAAGAUAACACGGAUCCAAAAACACGAUACCAGUUAUUUUUCCUGCUACAGCUUUGAUGCCAUGACCAUUGUUAAUAAGAAUGAGAAUGUGAAAAUCAAGAUUGUAUCUAACCCUAGUUCAGGAACCACUUUGCAUGAGAGCGAUAGUAGUUACUGGAACACAUUCUCUGGUCGUUAUUCAAGCGAUUUAGAAGAAAAUUGAUUUAAUAGCAACAACAAGGCCAUAAACACA